GACAACUCGAGCACCGGUCUGCUAUCCACUGGCGAUGUCUCUCUCGGCGAUUGGCAACCGGCUUACAAAAAGGCUGUGGAAUUUGUGUCUAAGUUGAAUACCACGGAGAAAAUCAAAUUGAUCACGGGAAGUGGCGCCGCAGCCACGGAUGGCUCGUCUUUCACUGCCCUCGAAUUUACGGACGGAGAUAUGGGUCUACAGGACUAUUUCUAUGUCUCUGCCUUCAGUCUGGCGUCUGCAAUUAGUAUGACGUGGGAUAAAGAUGCCAUCUACGAACAUGCCAAAGCUGUCGGAACUGAGUUCUACAACAAGGGUAUCCAAGUCAUCGAUGGUCCAACAUCUCAGCCCUUAGGCCGGACACCUUGGUGUGGGCGCUUGGUCGAGACUUAUGGGUCUGAUCCGUACCUGAAUGGUAUUGCAACAGGCCUGACUGCCAAAGGAUAUACAGAUGUGGGAAUCAUUGGUGCUGUAAAGCAUUUCAUCUUGAAUGAGCAAGAGACAAACCGUACCACCUCAAUGAGUGGUGGAGGGGGCGGCGGCGGAGGAGGUCCAGGCGGAAACAGUUCUUUCUCAAUGCUCCAACGCAGAUCGAGCCAAGACAGCUCUAGCUCUGGAGCUCCCUAUUCCUCCAAUGUAGAUUCCAAGACCUUUCAUGAGACGUACCUCUGGUCUUUCUACGAUGGUGUUCACUCUGGCCUUGGUGGUGUAAUGUGCGCAAUGACCAAGGUCAAUGGAACCCUUUCGUGCGAGUCAUCCUCGCUUCUUCUUGAGACUCUCAAGACUGAGCUCGGCUUCCCAGGCCUUGUCUUCCCAGACACCAAUGGCCAGGAGCACGCUCUCGCUUCGGCUGUCAGUGGACUCGACUACGGUUCAUCUUCGCUUUGGUCUAGCUCCAACAUCGAAGGCUUCCUUGAGAACAAGACUAUGUCUGAAGCUCGUUUGAACGACAUGGCAGUUCGCAACUUGAUGGGAUACUACCAUGCUGGCCUCGACAAUGGAAAACAGGUAUCCACUGUAGAGGACGAUGCCUAUGUCGAUGUUCGUGCCAACCACUCUAAGCUGAUUCGCGCCCAAGGCGCCAAGUCUAUGGUUCUCCUGAAGAACACAGACAACGCGCUCCCGCUCAAGAAACCUCGCACGAUGGCCAUAUUUGGAGCCCAUGCACGAGCUUCAAUUGCCGGCCCUAACAUGGAAUUCAGUGUUGAAGGAUCUGGGCCAACCUACGAUGGGCAUCUUGCAACAGGCUCCGGAUCUGGUCAGGGAUCUUUACCGUACCUUAUCACUCCUGAGAUUGCCUUGACAAUGAAGGCUAGCCAAGACGGGACCAUGCUUCGCUGGGUUGCAAAUGACACAUAUUCCUCGUCGAGUAGCUCUGGACUGGUCAUGAAGGGAUCCAGUACUACCUCUGUCACUCCUUCGAUUAGCAAUUAUGCAGAGAACAUGGAUGUCUGUCUCGUUUUUCUCAACGCACUGGCCGGAGAAGGUGCUGACCGCACUGAGCUUACCAACGCCGACCAAGACAGUCUUGUUAAGGAGGUCGCCGAGAACUGCGCAAACACUGUUGUGGUCAUCAACACCGUCGGAGCCCGCCUCGUUGACGAGUGGAUCGAGAACGAAAAUGUCACUGCAGUGCUGUAUGGCAGCCUUCUUGGUGAAGAAUCUGGUAACUCUAUUGUUGAUGUCCUGUACGGAGAUGUCAACCCUAGCGGACGAUUGAUCUACACAAUCGCUAAGAACGAAUCGGACUACAACGUGGGGAUCUGCUACACUGCGAACUGCAACUUCACCGAAGGCAACUACAUCGACUACCGAUACUUCGAUGCCUACAAUGUGACACCCCGCUAUGAGUUUGGCUACGGUCUUUCUUACACCAACUUCACGUACUCCUCUCUGAAAAUUGACUCACCUUCGCCGCUCUCGCUUUAUCCCACCGGCAAGCUUGCUGUCGGUGGCUACGAGGAUCUCUGGGACAUUGUUGCAAAAGUGACUGCUGUGAUCAAGAAUGCCGGUACUAUUAGUGGUGCAGAGGUGCCUCAGCUCUACAUUCAAUAUCCCACAUCCGCAAAGCAGCCUCUUCGCCAGCUGCGUGGGUUCGAGAAUGUGAAAAUUGCUGCGGGUAAGCAGACGCAAGUGGAGUUCGGUUUGCGCCGCCGCGAUAUCUCUCACUGGGAUGUGGCGGCCCAGAAAUGGGCUGUUGCACCGGGGACAUACACGGUGUAUGUCGGAGCCAGCUCGCGGGAUUUGCGAUUGCAUGGAAGCUUUCGCGUUGAGACAAAAGCUUGA